UACAAAGCCCAAACAGAUUAAAACAGAUUAUUAGAGGAUUACAAGUAAAGUUAGACUUAAUGCAAGAGCUUAACUAAUAAUUUCAUCACGUAACUUCAAACGUAAUCCUUCGAAUUCCCUCUUUCCUUUUCUCAUUUUAAUCUCAUUCAGGGCUGUACUGGAUGUUGCGUUAGGGAAAAUAAAUAAUAGUUCCACAUCAUUUAUUCAGCAUUAUGGAAACACGUUUUUAUCUCUAGAUCAUACAGUUCUGCUCAUAAGUUACUCAUAAAUCAGAAUGUGCAAGAUAAUAAUAAUUUGAACAAAAUAAGAGGGAUGAAAAAAUUUGCAUGUUAUUUUUUCUUUUCUUUUUUUUAGUACUGUCCUGAAUAAGCAUUUUAACAUAACAGAUGUUUGUCCUGAUGAGUUUGGAAAGCUUGGUUUUCUAGCAUCUUCAAGAUAUCUGAACUUGUUCCAACAGUGACUGUAAGCUUUUGAGAUGCUAAACUUUUUCGAUAUGUAAAUGUGGUUGUAAACAUUUUGAAUUGGAUAAUUGGGAUAGUUGGAUAACUAAGUAUAUAGUGCUAAAAAUAUAUUCUUUACACAAAACAAGAAAAAUGUACACAUCAUUUGUCAUCACCUGUGACAUAUGUUGUUCUUUCCUCUCUUACUAAGGUUCUUCCCUGAUCUGACCCUCUCCUUUAAUAAAUCCACAUCUUCAUUUAUCCUUCCAUCUGUCACAGGGAUCUCUUACUCAUUUCUGCUUUAUAUAAUUUUCUCAAUUUCAUUCUCAUUCCCAAAGAUUUCUUAUGCUUGGUUACUGAUCCCUGUUUGCCCUUUAUAAAGCCAGCUCUGCCUUCCCUUUGGGUAGCAUGUUGAACCACAUGUCCAGGCGUUCUCGCUCCCUGAUCUCUCUUUUCCUGACCUCCCUUGCCCUCGCUUUAUCUGUGCUGGCUUUCUGUACAUCUUACUGGUGUGAAGGAACGCACAAGGUGGUCAAACCUCUCUGCCUUUCACCUGUCAAGAUGAAGAACUGUGGACAGAACAACAGUGAACCUUACACUACAGAAAACCCCACUUCGGAUCCUCAGAACCCGUUACCAACAUUAUUACCAAAACGAAGAGAGGAACUGGCCAGGAUUCGACAAAGACAACUGGCCAAUGCAGUGCACUACAUUUGGGAGACAGGAGAAGACAAGUAUACCUUCAGAUAUUUCCACACAGGAUUUUGGGAGUCCUGUGAAAAACAUGCUGAUGGAGAACGAUGUCGUCGGUUCUUGGAUCUUACUCCUGGAGAGACUCAUGGUGUUCUGUGGUUGUCAAUGAUUGCUGAGUUCAUGUACAUCAGUUUGUUGGGCAUGGGCUUUCUACUAUUGUGGGUGGAAGUGUUGUGUGCUCAUAAAGAAAUGCAUGCACUCAAAAUCAACGCUUUCGCAGCCAUAUGUACAGUGCUCUCAGGAUUGUUAGGGAUGGUGGCUCAUAUGAUGUACACUACUGUAUUUCAGCUAACUGUGAUUGUGGGGCCAAAAGACUGGAGACCUCAGACGUGGGACUACGGCUGGUCAUUUGCGCUGGCAUGGGUGUCUUUCAGCUGCUGCAUGUGUGCUGCAGUUAUGACCCUUAAUUCUUACACAAAAACAGUCAUUGAGCAACGUCACCGCCAGAGGCUUCGAUUAGAAGAGGCCCGUGCUACGAGCCACGCUCCGUCCUAUGAGGAGGUGGUCCCAGGUGGUGGGCUGUACUCUGUCAGCCGCCUAUUACAGUGCCCAAAUGGGAUGAUAGACUCUAUGUGGGCAUCCGAUGGGAGCAUGGGACUGGUGCAAAAGAGGGAUGUGCCCACCCUGGUACUGUUUGGAGGAUGCGGACAAGAUUCAUGUGAAGACUGCGAGAGAGAGAUGGAUGAGAUGAAGGAGGCCAUGAAUGGAAUAGAUUCUCCUUGUUAAUCAUGGAUGAUGUGAGUUGAAGGACUAGUUCACCCAUAAAUGAAAAUUUUGUCAUUAUUUAGUCCUCAUCAUGACAUUCCAAACCUAUAUUACUUUCUUUCAUCUGUGGAACACAAAAGAAAAUAACUUGAAGAAUGCUAGUAAUCAAACAGAUUUUGCUACCACUGAUGCC